GAGACACCAGGGUGGAGCUUGGAAAGCGACCCGCCCACCCUGUUCCCCAAACCCAGGGAACACUGGUCAGCCUCGGGAACUACAAUUCCCAGGAAGCCACACGGCAGCGGUGUCGGCUGCACAAACGUCACCGGCGGCGGGAGCGUUGGGGGCGUGUCCUGGACGACAAUUGGUCGAGAUCCAGUACCGCUUCGGGGCCUGCGGAAAAGGGGCGCCAAGAACUUUCCUUCAUUCCUGCGGCUGGUGGCGGCAGCCGGGAAGUCAUGGAUCUCAGCGAGCUGGAAAGAGACAAUACGGGCCGCUGUCGCCUGAACUCGCCUGUGCCCGCUGUGUGCCGCAAGGAACCCUGCGUCCUGGGCGUCGAUGAAGCGGGCCGGGGCCCGGUGCUGGGCCCCAUGGUCUAUGCCAUAUGCUAUUGCCCUCUGUCCCGCCUGGCAGAUCUGGAGGCCCUGAAAGUGGCAGAUUCAAAGACCCUGUCGGAGAGCGAGCGGGACAGGCUCUUUGCGAAAAUGGAGGAGGACGGAGACUUUGUGGGCUGGGCAUUGGACGUGCUAUCUCCAAAUCUCAUCUCUACCAGCAUGCUUGGGCGGGUCAAAUACAAUCUGAACUCUCUGUCCCAUGAUACAGCCACUGGGCUGGUGCAGUAUGCAUUGGACCAGGGUGUGAAAGUGGCCCAGGUGUUUGUGGAUACUGUGGGGCUCCCAGAGACGUAUCAGGAGCGGUUGCAGCAGCGCUUUCCUGACAUUGAGGUGACAGUCAAGGCCAAGGCAGAUGCCCUCUACCCUGUGGUCAGCGCUGCCAGUAUCUGUGCCAAGGUGGCUCGAGACCAGGCUGUGAGGAAUUGGCAGUUUGUGGAGAAACUACAGGACCUGGACACUGAUUAUGGCUCAGGCUACCCCAAUGAUCCCAAGACCAAAGCAUGGUUGAGGAAGCACGUGGACCCUGUGUUCGGCUUCCCCCAGUUUGUCCGGUUCAGUUGGCGCACAGCCCAGAGCAUCCUGGAGAAGGAGGCAGAAGAUGUUACAUGGGAGGACUCGCAAACAGGGGAUCAGGAGGGACUCAGGAAGAUCAAGUCCUACUUCAGCAAAAGCCCCCGAACCCACCCCUGCCCCCACCUCUCCCAUCGGUACUUCCAGGAGCGGGGCCUGGAGUCAGCCACCACUCUCUAGGAGCCAGCCCAUAUCCCCUUUAGACGCCCCCCACCCCACCUCCCAGUUUGAUUGAUUAAAAUUGUGUGAAGAGAACUA